AAUUAUAUGACCAGCACCUGUAUAUAUACACACACACACGUCUGGUUUGCUAUCCUUGUGGGGACUCUCCAUAGGUGUAAUGCUUAUUCUAUUGUGUAUAUUCUAUUGCCCUACACCACCCCUACACCUAAACCUACCCCUUACAGGAAACUUUCUGCAUUUUUAGAUUUUCAAAAAACUGAUUGAUUUAUUAGCUUGUUUACCCGUGGGGUCCUCAAUUUAGGUCCCCACCGUGACACGAGUCCCCAUGAGUCUGUGUGUAUUCAGGUUUAAGACCCCACCUGAAUAGAAAAACAGGUGUACACACACACACACACACACACACAUAUAUAUCUAUGGUUGAAAGUGUGCUGUUGUAAAUAUUGACCGGCAGAUGGCGCGGUGGACACGGAAGUAAACAACUUUCUCAGUAUUCCAAACACAACGGUUGCGUUUCUGUGUACAUUUAUCAAUGUUAUUAUGGUUAAAAUUAUGUAUGUAAACUACGACAUAUUACAGUAAAUAUAUAUAUUUUUAAAUAUAGUCUAAUAUUUACUACAUUGACUUUUACCACGUCAUCACAGGGCACGCAAAAACGCAGUAAAUAUCUUAAAACAUGCUUUAGAUCUUUUUUUUUUUAUUUUUUUUUUUUUUUUAGCAUUGUACUUAUUGAAAAUAGAAAUUAUUCAAAAUGUUAAAUUAAUACGAGAUGCAUUAGGUUUGUAAAGUUUUUCCGGAAGUCGAAAGUGAGUGUUUCCGGUACGCGUGGCCGGUUCUGUGACAGCUGCUGAGCGAGACAAGCCAAGAUGAUUUCCCUCACCGACUCCCAGAAAAUUGGAAUGGGGCUAACAGGAUUUGGUGUAUUUUUUCUGUUUUUUGGGAUGAUCCUGUUUUUCGAUAAAGCUCUCCUUGCCAUAGGAAAUAUCCUUUUUGUUGUCGGCCUGGCGUUUGUAAUCGGGCUGGAGAGGACGUUCAGGUUCUUCUUUCAGAAGCACAAAAUGAAAGCCACCGGCUUCUUCCUAGGAGGCGUCUUUAUAGUGCUGAUCGGAUGGCCCAUCAUCGGAGUGAUUCUAGAGUUUUAUGGCUUCUUUCUUUUAUUCAGGGGAUUCUUUCCAGUGGUCGUAGGCUUCAUCAGGAGAAUUCCUGUGCUGGGAUACUUGCUGAAUCUUCCCUUCAUUAGUGGGGCUGAGCGGACAGUCAGCCAUCUUGUAUGUGGACAAAAUGAGUGAAAGCAACAACAUGGUUUAAAAGACUCUUUUUUUACCACUUAUUUAUGAUGGAUUUUCUAAAGCUUUACCUUAAAACAGCCAUGAGAAGUAUAGAGGUCGUAUUACCGAAGCUUUAUAUUCAGACGUGUUUCCAUUGUAAGGACGUCUGAGUGAUAUUUACGUCAGUGAAAAGCAAACUGUGCAGUGUGGAAAACAAGCCACUCCUUCGUUGGCCGGCCAAAGCAAAGCUGCGUCACAACAUCCAGCAUCACUGCAUCCCUGAACAACUGUGCCCUACUUUAUAAAAGCAAACUUCGUCAAGAAGUUACUGGAGAUCCUCUCACGAGGAACGUUUGUUUGAAUGUGUAGAAGCGACUUCUGGAAGUCUGUAUUCUGUUACAGUAAUGGCCUUGUUACAUGGUUGUGUCUAUAAUUGUAUUUUAAAGAGGGAGGAGAGCUUGAUGACUCCAAUUUCUAUUUUUUUCCUUAUCACACCUGCUGAAACUGUGUGAUAUUUACACUUUAUUGUAAAAUUAAACUGUUACUAAUUAGACUGGCAUAUAGAGAUGUUGUUAUUAUUAUUAUUAACUAUUUUUUCUCUGUCUUCAAAAAUGGUGGGAUUUCAGAAUGGUUUAGCUGCCACAAACUUUUGUAAAUAUAAAUUUAAAAACUUGAAAUGAGGUCGGUGUCAUUAUUCUUAUUCUUAUCGCUUUAUUAGGUAUUGACACAUCAUUUGGGGAUCCUCAAAAGGGGCUUUGAAAUGUGUUGGUUUGGUUUUUGGUUGUAAUAUUAAUAUUCUAAAAUAAUUAUAUUUUUAUAUGAAUAAAUUAUUAUUAAUAUUAAAUUAUCAUUGAGAACAACUGUAAUUAAUGAUAAUAAAUUAUAUAUAUAUAUAUAUGUAUGUAUGUGUGUAUAUGUAUAUGUGUAUACAUAUGUAUAUGUGUAUAUAUAUAUAUAUACACACACACACACACACACACACACACGUAUGUCUACGUGUGUGUAUAUAUAUAUAUGUGUGUGUGUGUGUGUGUGUGUAUGUAUAUGUAUAUGUAUAUAUAUAUGUAUUGUGACGAGUCGGUGGCCCUCCCCCUUAUUAUCAUCACCACCCCGUCCCUUAUUCGCCGCCCUUCACCAGGCUCCCGACAGGAGUGGGUGUGUGAGGGAGGGGCGUAGGAACAGCGAGGGCUGGCGGCGUGUGAUGAGGCACAGCUGAAUGGAAUGAAGCCUCAUCACCGCCGCUGUUUAAAUGCCAAGCGCGCCUCUCCUCGAGAGACCGGUCUCUUCCCCCGUGCAUGCACGCUGGUGUCCUCGUGGGUCCAGGAAGGGUGCGUAGAGGGACUUUCGCGCCACCGGAGAUGUGAGCUGCAGAACCCGCGGUCUGGUAGAAAGCCGCACCCGUAUGACGGCCGUCGGGCCAGGAUGCCGGGUCGUACGAGUCCUGCCAAAGGCCGUGGAAAGAAGAGGAAGAGCCGCCGCCCCUCGUGACCCGGACCAGAGCGGGAGCGCGUGCGGCCACCGGACUCCGCCCCUUACCUGGACCCUCCCUUCCAGAACACUGCCCUCCUUCACAAGCCCCGCAGCACGACGAGGACACCAGAUCCCCCUGUUUCUGUUUCUGUUGGACACUUCUUCCCCCUGGACACUUUAUUUUAUUGUCUUUUUGUUUAAUAAAAGCCUCUCCGAGGCCUGACGCCACACCCACUGUGUCUGUCGUUGGCUCCUCCCGUCACAGUAUAAAAUAGGUAGUGCUG